AUGAACAUCAAGCGACGCCACUCUUUCAUGGUAUCAGUCACUGCUCUCAGCCUCAUCUGUCUGUACUUUUACUUGUCAAGGGUUUCUUGGCCGGUUUCGACAGAAGUCAAAGGCCAAGCGACUUCUCAUAAUGACCUUGCUCCAUCUCCAGACGACAAUAAUGUCUCCGAAGAAAGCAGACCAAAUGCACCUGUCGUAGAGCCUACUAUUUUGUGGACGCGUCGUCCGACUCGAUAUCCGGUCCUGUCAAUGACACCGCUACCCACAGAAAGGCCACGGAAAUUGCCAAAAGUGCAGGCGGACUUUCCCGCAGAGACAGAUCCUCAAAAGGCGCAAGUUCGUCAGCAAAGGCAAAAGGCAGUUAAAGACGCUUUUGGCCGAUGCUGGUCUGCCUACAAGUCUCGCGCCUGGAUGGCUGAUGAGGUUACGCCGCUUUCUGGGACAACGCGUAACUGGUUUGGUGGAUGGGGAGCCACCCUUGUCGACAGCCUUGAUACCCUAUGGAUCAUGGGACUCCGCGAGGAAUUCGAGGAAGCCGUGUCGGCAGUCGUUCAGAUCAACUUCGAGACAACCUCUCUCAGCCAGAUUAAUACCUUUGAGACCAAUAUCCGAUACCUGGGCGGUCUGUUGGCCGCCUACGACUUGAGUCAUGACAAACGCCUGCUAAGCAAAACCGUCGAGGUCGGCGAAAUACUGUACGCCGCGUUCGACACCCCUAAUCGCAUGCCCAUUACACGGUGGGGCUUUCAAAGCGCCGCUCGCGGGGAGGAACAGGUGGCGGCCGAGGGCGUGCUGGUAGCAGAGAUCGGAUCUUUCACGCUGGAAUUUACCCGGCUCUCUCAAAUCACCGGCAACCCGAAAUGGUUCGAUGCGAUCCACCGCGUGAUGGGAAUUUUCUACCGCCAGCAGGACCUGACGAAACUGCCAGGAAUGUGGCCUGUGGUCGUUAACGCGCGCGAAGAAGAUUUCACCCAGGAUACGACCUAUACGCUGGGCGCUAUGGCAGAUUCAGUCUACGAGUACCUGCCGAAAAUGCAUGCGCUCGUCGGCGGUGUCCUCCCGAUGUAUGAAAGCAUGUAUCGCAACGCGAUGGAUACUGCCAUUCGACACAACCUCUUCCGCCCGAUGACCCCUGACGAGGCAGAUAUCCUGGUUGCCGGCGCUGCGCGUAUUGUGAGCGAAGCUGGUCAGCCCAGCCGUGUCACUCUGGAGCCCAAGGGCGAGCAUUUGAUCUGUUUUGCUGGUGGGAUGAUGGCAUUGGGGGGACGGUUGAUACAGAAUGGCACUCAUGUUGAUAUGGGCCGGAGGCUGACCGAUGGCUGCAUCUGGACGUACAAAGCGUUGCCAUCAGGGAUCAUGCCAGAGGUUUUUCAUAUGUCGCCUUGCGCAUCUCAAGCUUCAUGUUCUUGGGAUGAAGCGCAAUGGCAGAGGGAGGUAAUGAGUAGGGUGAAGGAGCAACAAACCCAAACUGCCGCCGACGUCAUCCAGGAACAGCGCCUUCCAAAGGGGUUUACUGCAAUCCCCGACCGGCGGUAUCUCCUGCGACCGGAGGCUAUCGAGUCAGUGUUUAUAUUGUACAGGAUCACCGGGCGAGAAGACCUGCUUGAUGCUGGCUGGACGAUGUUCGAGGCGAUUCAGAAAGCUACGGAGACAGACUUUGCCAACGCAGCUUUAUCAGACAUCACCGUUCCCCAGCCCCCUCAGAGCGAUUCGAUGGAGAGCUUCUGGAUGGGCGAGACGCUCAAGUACUUCUUUCUUCUCUUCAGCAGCCCCGACCUGAUCAGUCUUGACGAAUAUGUAUUCAACACCGAGGCGCAUCCCUUGAAGAGGGCUAAGUGA